AUGGAAAUAGUAUUUUACUUUUGGAGACUCUCCUGCCAUGGUUUCCUCUUCUCCUUCACGCUUCUUGUCGCUCUCAAGCUUGACCAUCUUCUUUCUGGUUCAUGGUGGUUUGUAUUUACACCCUUGUGGUGGUUGUGUCAUGCUGUGAUUUCCCGUGGUAGAUUUUCUUUGCCUACUCCACCAAUGCCUCAUGAUAAGAAUUGGGCUCCGUUUCAAUAUGUCAUGGCAACACCACUGUUUCUUGCUUUUGAGAUCCUUCUCUUUGUAUAUCUUGAAGAUAAAUAUGCUGUUGACUUAAAGCUUAUCUUCUUACCAUUGCUUGCAUUCGAAGUAGCGAUUUUGAUAUAUAAUUUCAGUGCGUGCUUCAUACUAAGGCCUAGAGAUGAGGAAACUCUGAGUGGUGAACCACUUCUCUACACAUGGGUUUCCAUAUGGAUGGUUUCCUUCAUUGCUGCCAUAACCUUCACUCUUCUUAAAUCACGUGUUGUAUAG